GUAAUGGGGAAUCCCAGUGGGAGUAGAGAUGAUGGAGAAGGUCCUCCUGGAGUUAACAACUUUGGAGAGUACUGUGAUGGAUAUGUAGAAGAACCCAUGUCUCGGAGCCCAUCUCUUUUCUUCACUUCCCGAAAAAUGUCUGAAGAACAGUAUUCUCAAAUGGGAAUCUCUAUCUCUUGGUUGGAUGUUUGGAUUGGCAUUUGUAAAUUGACAAUAUUACUGUAAGGGGGUGAAAAUUGUUUGCUUUAGUUGAGUGCAAUUUGUAUUAUUAGUUUAUGGAAAGAAUGUGGCAUCAUGUAUGUGAUUUUCACACUUUCGUUGUCUCCUUCGACACUCGUCCCUUUUUUUGUGUCUCUGGAGUCGCAGGAUAUAUUCAAUCCAAAGGCUAGAAAAACUGCAAGGUGGAGUGCAGAGAAAAAGGAAGUGCGGAAAUCAUUUAUCUUUUACUGUUUGAUCUUUUAACAAUCAUAUGAUAGAUCUUUCAAGUUGAAGCAAUGAACUGAAGGUCAAUAAUUUAUUGACACUUAACAGUGUAAUUAGAAUAAUUUGAAAUUUAUUCACCUGUUGUAUCUGUUGGUUCAAGAAACUGUCUCCUUCUGCUAAGGUUAUACUUUCUAGUUUUUUUCUAAAUAGAAAACUAAUUGCAGGUGAAUUUGUCCAUUUCAGAUACUUGUCUUUUCUCUAGUAUUUACUAUUUACUGUGAUGUACAAAAGGCAAUCAAAUUCCCCCCUGCAUGCCUAUAAAGCACACAGGGAUGGAGCUCUCUAAAUUUUAUCUGCAUUUUCAGUAUCCUGGGGAACCCUUACCAAGACCUGCUGAGGCAUCAUCGCAACAUACAGUAGUUAAUCGUAAUGUACAUGAUGAGAAAUUGAUGUGGACGAAGAUCUCAUGGAAUCACGGUGGAAGCCAAGUUGCUAUCACAGGAUCAUGGGACAAUUGGGAGAGUAGGGAGCUCUUGCAGAGUAGAGACAAUGAUUUCCUUACCAUAAAGUUGCUUCCACCAGGUCUCUACCAGUACCAUUUCAUUGUUGACGGGUGUUUGAUGUGUGAUCCAGAAUGUCCAUGGGUCUAUGAUAAUUCGGGGAGUGCGUAUAACAUCUUGGAUUUACAGGAAUGUGUUUCAGAAUUGCCUCAGCAUCUGGCAAUGUUCGAACCUCCUCCAUCCCCACCUUCAAGCUACGACAACAGACUCUUAAGCGAAGAUGAUUUCAGUAAACCUCCGCUGGAAGUACCCCCACAACUACACGUAGCAUUUCUAAACAAGCCAUCAUCCUCCAACAACGGCGACCAGCCACCAAUGCCUCAUCCUUCACAAUUGAACCAUUUGCACAUCCAGAACCAAAUUGGCGGCGAGUUUUUUGCACUCAGCUCUACACAUAGGUUUCGUAAUAAGUUUGUCACAACGGUAUUAUACAAGCCACGGAGAAUAGCAAAUCAGUGAUUUUGUAUCUUUAUUUUGUGAGUAGAAAAUAUUUCAUAGAAGUAAUAUUGUUUAGAAGAUUGCUGUGACUUACUGGGGUUGAGAAAUAGUUAAUGUAGGUAAAAAAAAAAACCAUUUGGAUGGUUUGCCAAAAUGUAAUGAACGUGUUCAUUUUGUA